AUGGCAGUAGCGUCAGACCACCAGCAGCAGCGCGUUGUGUUCUACAGCGGGUCCUUCUUCAAGAUCGACGGCGUGACCCUAACUCUGAGGGGCUUGAUCUCGCACAUCACCAACGAGCGCGGGGCAGACGUGCUCGUCCUCACCGCAGACAACCCGUCAGACGCCGCCAUAUCCGACUUCACGAGGAGCGCCAACAACGGCGGCGGCGGGCUCGUGCGCGUCCUCCGCGUGGGCGGUGGGCCUGUGCCCGCCCCUGGAGCCGACUACUCGCUGGGGCUUCGGGUGCCCGAAUCCACCAAGAGGGCGCUGGAGGUUUUCCGCCCCACCGCCGUGCACGUCACGAACCCUGAUCUGGUAGCUCUGUGGCUCAUCAAUUGGGUCCUCCGGGAGAGGGAGGACUGCGGCGUAAUGGCCACGCUCCACACGGACUUCAUGGAGAUUGUCAACUCCUACUGCAUUGUCGGCCGAACGCAGGCGCUGUGGGCGCUGUCAUCGUUCCUGCGCCACGUGUACGGGCUAUGCCCUUCAGUCUACGCGCCGACGGAGUUCAUGCGGCGAAAAGUCCAGGCGGAAGGGUGGGACACAGAGCUGGGCGUGUGGGGGCGGGGCGUCGACCCCGAGCUCUUCUCCCCCGCCAGGCGCUGCCAAGACCUCCGGCGGCAGCUAGGGCUAGACCCCGAUGACGUCGCCGCCCUGUGGCUCGGGAGGGUGGUUCAAGAAAAGAAGCCGGGAGUGUGGCUCCGGGCCGUGCAACAAGUCCAACGCGAGGCGAGGGAGAGGUACGACGCCGCCGUCGCAGCCGCUGAACAACCCGACAGCGAUAGCAAGGUGGCGUUGCCGCCGCGAGUUGUCGGGAUCUGCGUGGGCGAGGGCGAAGCGAUGCGAACCCUCCGAGGGGCGGACGGGGUCGUGUGCGUCGGGUGGAAGGCUGGGGAGGAUCUGGCGCGCGUGAUCGCGUCGUGCGACAUCAUGGUGGCCCCGAGCGAGAUCGAGACGUUCGGGCGGGUGACCCUCGAGGCCAUGUCCUGCGGCCUGCCGUGCGUCGUCAACCGGGAGUGCGGAGAUCACCUCGUUCAGGAUGGGUCGAACGGUUUUUGCGUUCCUUCCGGGGAUGAAAACGGCUACGUGGAGGGCUUGAGGAAGCUCGUCCAGGACAAGAACCUGAGGAACAAGAUGAGCGCGACCGGCAGGCAGAUAGCGCUUGGCUACGGGACGACCCAGCUGUACGACGGGAUGCUGGACAUUUACAGGUCGUGCCGCGAGACACAGAACAAGACGUUCAGGGCCCGCGUGGCGAAGAAGAGGGGUUUGCCCUUCUGGGAGGCGUUCGGGCUGCUGAUCUACUACGUGUUCGAGGCGGCCAAGAUGAUGACCGCCGCGGUGGCCUUCUUCACGCAGGGCAGGGACUCGGAGGUUUCGGUGGUGGUGCUAGAGCCAUGA